GUGGUGCCAAUCUGCCAGCCGCUCUUUUUUUUCUACUUUUUUUCAGUUGAAGUUCCACUCUUUCUUGUUCACGCCAAACCCAAUUCUACUUUUACUAAAGUACAAACGAAUCCAAUUUAUUCCAUUCCUAUUAACUUGACUUAACAAAAAUGAAGGUGUUGCAAGUGGGAGUGUUGUCAAUAUGGCUAUCUGGGCUCCUCUUCAUUGCUCUCAACUUUUAUGCUACUCGUAACUUAACUAUCUUCAACAGUGAUCGAAUUAACCAUAACCACUUUAAUCACAGCGGUCCGAAAAUUGCAAUAUUCACUGCUCCUGCCCCCUUUAUAGGUUCUAUUGGAUCCAGUCAGAGUUUAGCUAUGCGGUCUUGGCUUGGUCUGUCACCGCAAAUAACUGUUCUUCUCUUCACCCAACACCCUUCUGCGGUUGCUUUUGCUAGGGAUUUUGGUUCCCGACUAAUGGUUGAACCCAAUAUUGAUUUCACGUUCCUUGGCACUCCAUUCUUUCACUCGAUGAUGGCUAGAGCAUGGGCAUUUACCUCUGACAUAUAUGUUUUGAUAGAUCCUGAUACUAUUCUCCUGCCUGACUUCAUUUUUAUGCUGAAUCGUGCUUACAAGAUUAACAGGGAUUGGCUCCUUGUUGCUUCAUCACACAAUGUUUCCCGUUUUCCAUUCUACUUGAGUGAUGAUGGAAAACAAUGGCUAACUAAGGAUGGGAGAAGGGUUAGAACCCAUGAGUUUCAGGAGAUUCUUGAUCAGAGUCAGCAGGGGAAUCUUUGUGAAGGGAAAAUGCUAAUGGCAUGGAACAGUGGGGAGCUACCCUUAAACAAUGGAGUCUUCCCUCCUUUCUUGUUUGGGAAGGGGACUCACAACCCCUGGGUCAUUAGUGAGGCCUUGUUGUGUGAAUUAAGAUUUGUGUUUGAUGCUAGUUUGACUGUCUCAAGUUUUUCUUUGAAUGAUCCUGUGCAUUGGUCUAAUCAGUUUGGCAGAGUAUCCCAUGUUACUGAUGCAGAAAAGAGAAACUGGGAAUAUGUUGGCAAUUCUCAUCUUGGAGCGCUAUAUGGAUCGUCUUCCUUUCAUGAAAUUAAUUCUUCUUGUUUGGCAAAAGUUAUGAAUUGCUACGGGAAAUAUAAUUUUGUCAAUAUGGCAAAAAAUACCGUUUUUCCAGUUAUACAUGAGAGGCCAUUCACCUGGAAGGAAAAAUUCUUCCAUUCUUCAAGUUUAAAGAAAACUAUGGCUUGUGUUGAUGAUACUGAAGCAUCCAACAGAAGAUUAGACUGCUCCCUCACAGAUCAGUUAAAGACCUCUGCUCCAUUAGAUUAUCCAUUUCCAUUAGAGUCACUUCUUUCAGUCGUUGCAGACAAGAAUAGGACAGUUGUGCUUGCAGUUGCUGGAUAUAGCUACAAGGAUAUGCUGAUGAGUUGGGUAUGCAGAUUACGCCUCCUCAGAGUCACUAAUUUUGUGGUUUGUGCACUAGACCAUGAAACCUAUCAGUUUUCAAUCUUGCAGGGCCUGCCUGUUUUCAAUGAUCCAUCAGCUCCAAGUAAUAUCAGCUUUAAUGAUUGCCACUUUGGAACAAAAUGCUUUCAGAGGGUUACCAAAGUGAAGUCCAGAAUAGUUUUGCAGAUACUGAAGCUAGGAUACAAUGUGCUUUUGAGUGAUGUGGAUGUGUAUUGGUUCAGAAAUCCAUUGCCGUUGCUUUACUCUUUUGGUCUCUCUGUUCUUGCGGCACAGUCAGAUGAGCACAACAGAACAGGACCUAUAAACCUGCCAAGACGCCUGAACUCUGGCUUCUACUUUGCUCGUUCUAAUAAUUUAACAAUUGCUGCUAUGGAAAAAGUGGUGAAGCAUGCUGCGACUUCUGGCCUAUCUGAGCAGCCAAGCUUCUACGACACUUUAUGCGGCGAAGGUGGGUCCAAUCGUGUGGGUGAUAAUAAAUGUGUGGAGCCUGAAACGAACUUAACAGUUCAUUUCUUGGACAGAAAACUUUUCCCAAAUGGGGCUUACUUAGACUUGUGGCUGAAGAAAAAUGUGAAAGGAGCCUGUGCAAAGAUAGGUUGUCUUGUUCUUCACAAUAAUUGGAUCAGUGGGAGGUUAAAAAAAUUGGAACGUCAGGUCUUGUCAGGCCUAUGGGAGUAUGACAUUACCACAAGGAUGUGUAUACAGAGCUGGCACAAAACCAAGUUGAUGAGUUAAAUUUGACACUUGGUGAUUUUUCUUAUUCUUAUCUGAUGCUACCUUUGGUAACACCGUGGGAGCAAGGAGAUGUAGAUACUUUUCUUUUAUAUUUCCUUCAAUGCUGGGCCUUGGAUUCAUCACUACUAUUGUGAGAAAAUAUUAAAUUACGGAAAGCCGGCCAAGGGAAACAAAGGUAUAACCAACCCACACAAUGUACCGAGAAUUUUGAAAUACUUACAAGCUAUGAUGUUUCCACUUCCCCUGCAAGAAGACUCUAAUGAAAUUUUUGGGUCAGACAGCUACUGAUUGCCAGCAAUGCUGCAGCUUUGUGGUCAAUUGUUGGGGCGAGGCAGGCAAAAGGAUGUCAGUUCCAGAAGAAAUAAAGAAUUUAGAGGAGCUCCCGUAUCUCUGGACACCACCUCACUAUCAAAGGAUAUUUCUGUGAGGAUAGUUCAUGCUGGUGGGCGAGAAGAGCUGUACCAAAAUGAAGUUUCUGUUUCUCAAUUGAUGGAAAAAUAUCCUGGGAUGUGUGUCGCUCGACCUGAAGUUUUCAAAAAACCCCAUGAAUCCCUUUUGUGGCCCGAAGAAAACCUAUUGCCUGGUCAGAAAUAUUAUAUGAUUCCAACUUCUACAGCAAAGAAACUGAAGCGAAGAUACCACAGUAAGGUUAGAUUCAAAGCACCUGCGGAAGGCAUAGAUAUGUCAGAUGCAAGGAUCACUUGGGAUACAAAGAGAGAUAAUAUGCAUGAACCUGCUCGAUCUGCAAAAGAAUUUUAUAUUGCCAAGGGCAGAGGGUCAGGACAGUCAAAGAGAAGAGGUGGAAAAGGAAAGAAGCCUUUUAUACCACCCCUUCCAAAAGGAAGAAUUGGCCUUGGAUCCAGUUGGGAGCCAAGUUUAACCUCUGUACAAGAAGUUUCUCCAUGACGCUGUUCAUGACGGCUCAAACCUCUUAUGUUUUCUGUUAUAUUGUCUUUAAAAGCAGUUGAAUUCUUAACGUUUUGACGUUUCUUUUUUGAACUAUCUUCCUUGAUUAUAUUUAGUUUUAUAUAUUGUGGCUUAUAAAUAUUAGAAUUCUUCUGUUUCCCCA